AUGCAGCAGAAGCGACCUCGUAGUCCCAGCCCCGAACCCGCGCCCUGCAAGGCACCACAGCCACAAGGGCCCAGCUCUGCCAAGCGCCGCCGCCUCCACGAGCCCGCCCGAAAUGAGCCCCCGAUGCCAACCAACCUGGAAGCGAUCACACCGGCAGCCAGCGAGGAGAUCAUCUCCAUGGUGGUCCUGCUUGACCUGGUGCUGGAGUCCCAUCCCACCUCGGUAAAGCAAGUGGAGCUCCAUGGAUUCACGUUAAUCCUGGUCCCCGAGGAUCUCCCGUUGUCUGCCCCUCUUGGACAGCCUGAGAUCUCGUCCACCAGACCACAGGAAGAUGCUCUCCUGCAGACGCCCCAGGACCAACUUGUCGUCCUCCCUACCGAGUUCAGCCUAGAGAUCUCCUAUCAAGAGGACGCCUGUGAUGAGGACCAGAACUCUGGCUUCAUGAUACCCUGGAUAGGUGCUCCACCUGGUGAGGCCUCUGAGCUUUUUUCCUCCACCAAGAGGAUGUCCAGCCCUUGGACUCCGGACUACAACCUCGAACCACAGCUUCCAGUGCUCUCCUCUAAUGCAGCCAGAAACAUCUGGGAAUUGGACAGCUACCUGCUGGGACCUUUCCCCACCUCACCCCUCCAGCCUCUGCCCCCAUCUCCUCCUCCAAGUCCCCAAGAGCAGCGCCCUGCACGCCCUGCAGGCCCUUCACCGGCCCUGUGCAAGGCCAAGAGGAGAUUGUUCUAUGAAUGA